GAAAAACAGGAAAUCAUUCCAAUUUAUUCUGUCAAUCUGCUGUUGAAAAGUAUCGGUGCUACUCUGACUGAUGUGGACGACCUCAUAUUCAAACUUGCUUAUUAUGAAAUUCGCUGUCAGUUUUACAACAGAGAUCAGCUGAUAUGGAGCGUUGUUAGACAUUACAGCGAACAGUUCUUGAAACAGAUGUAUGUCCUUGUAUUGGGCUUAGAUGUGCUUGGAAACCCAUUUGGAUUGAUUAGAGGUCUGUCUGAAGGAUUUGAAGCUUUAUUCUAUGAACCCUUCCAGGGUGCUGUUCAAGGCCCUGAAGAAUUUGCUGAGGGAUUAGUAAUUGGAGUAAGAAGUCUCUUUGGACAUACAGUAGGUGGUGCAGCAGGAGUUGUAUCUCGAAUCACCGGUUCUGUUGGAAAAGGUUUGGCAGCAAUUACAAUGGAUAAAGAAUAUCAGCAAAAAAGAAGAGAAGAGAUGGGUCGACAACCUAAAGAUUUUGGCGACAGCCUGGCCAGAGGGGGAAAGGGCUUCCUGCGUGUAAGUGUCCCGCUGAAUCUUCAAGAAACGCCAACUUCCAUAUACACUUUGAAAUAUAUACUGGCUGUUUGAAACUUGAAAUAUUGCCUGUGAGUCAAGGCCUGUCAGAGUAGCCGUGGUGGUACAUUGUGGACUUUGUUUCCUUUUUUGUUCUCCUCCCCCUUUGUCACCAUCAGAUCUAUCCCCCAAAUCCCAGACUUAGUUUGACCCUCGGGCUGGAAUGAGAACUCUGUAACGAUGGCAGGUUAGCAUCACUGUGGAAGGGGAGGAAGUAAAGCAGAGAUGUGUGGUAAAUGGUGGUAACUAGAAGGGGAAGGGGGUCUUCAGGUCCCUUCUAUAGAAGGGAGGUGUACAAUCAUAUGUUAUAAGCCAGAAACUGCCCUUCAUUCCUGUUCAGGACUUUAAAAAUUAUAUAGGUAUUAUAUGAAUACUAUUUAAUUAUACAGUAAUAUAUGAUUAUUCUCCUUAUAAAUAAUCAUAAGAACUUACAAGUUUUUUUUUAAUAAGUGAUGGAAACAUAGGUAAGGCUGUAAAGUACUCUCUGGUUAACCCUCACCUCUUCUGAGCGGUAUUUAAUCUUUUCAGUGUAGUAUAUAUCCUGCAGUUCUUUUUCUAUGUUUUUAUAUAUGCAGGUGGUUUUAGUUAUAACCGUUACUUGACUGUUAUUUAAAGAAGGUGCAAACAUGUAAUUUUUAAAAUUUUGGUCAUUACUUCAGGAGACUGUCCCUGCUGUGUUGGUGUGAGUGAUUUGGCAUGUUGUAUGUUGUCUCCUCUGAAGUGCUUUAUUUAUCAGGUUAUUUGCUAUCCUUCAGAGACCCCUUCGUUUUCAGUUUUCUGCUUUCACUAAAUUGAAAAGUAAUCUCAUUAGAAUUUAUAAUUAGAUCUGUAAUUUUCUAACUCAUUUCACUGAUAUGGGAACUGAGGCUUAAAGAGAUUGGAUCCUCUGCUGCUUGGUGUCAGAA